AUGGGUUUUCGACAGAAAUCGACACCUGAAGAUUUCACAGAAAUAGGGUCUUCCAAACCAGAGUUCUUCCAUAGACCUAGUACCUCGUCUGAUGAAGGGCCACGUAUCGUGCCUCCUGAGGUUGCAGCAGAGAGGAUCGGUAACCCACCCAGGAGAGCAGCGCUUCCCGUACCGCGCCCAGGCGCUGUAAACAAUAUCCUCAACCCGCCCUCUGCCCGCCCAGCAUUCCAACCACCAGGACACGUCUCAGUCUCCUCUAGCGGAAGUGCCUCCAACGACGUGAGAACCAGUCCCAAAUUGCAUUAUCUACAUGGCUUACCCGAUUCAAAGGCAUAUCCAUAUGUUCACAAGAAAGAAGUGAAGGACCACCUUGCCGCUAUAGACGCUGGGAUAUCAAGCCCCCUUGCAGAAUUUGCAUUCACUGUGAAACAGCAAGAGGAGCGAAAUCGAUAUACAGAUUUCUCUGAGACGGUUUUCUACGGAAACAGUCCUAGUCCGGCACUAGUAAGCGAUGUUCAUAAGCUGUUCCCAGAGCAGAGUAGGCAUGGCAAUGUUGUCGUAGAGCAUACACUGGUCGUAGGUGGGCACGUCGUUCCCAAACGGUCGAGAGCGCAGCAACAAACAAGUAUUGAAGAGCAGUUGUAUGAAAGCAACAUGCAUGCGCGAAAAUCUCCAGCACUACAAGCACCUCGAUCACGCAUCUCAAGGCCAUGUAGUCGGAAUGAAAUCUACGGCACUAUGCCUAUAAGUUUGAAUGAUGAAACUUCUCGCAAAAAUGAACGAAUUACGCACGAGCUCGCUUCUAACGACGAAAACAUUACCAUGCUCAGAGGCGGUGCCGGAACUAGCCAAGCACCUAUUGGAUAUGGCUUAUUAUUCAAACAGCUACUACUCACAUGUCACCGACCCGACUCCAAAUCUACCAGUGACAGUGAAGACUCACCAGUCCGAAUCCCAGACCCAACCCACAUAGCCCGAACAAUGUGCAGGGCACAAGGUACUGCGCGCCUCCCCAAGAACCUUUCUCGCACAACUGCUACAUCACAAACGACAAGAAGCUCCUCCAGCAACGGCAAUGGAGCACCUCCAUCCCAGACAGCCACUUACGCAGCUACACAUACACAGCCACGACCUCUCUGUAACAUGUCUUGUAUGCCCUGCGUCUCCCCUCUUUCUUCCUCGACUCAAUCUCGCACUCAGGACUCUCCUGUCAACUCUACCUACUCUCUAUCUAUACCUCCAACUAUCGUACCGUGUCUAAGAGGCGGUGGGAGCUCCCUAUAUGCACUCCGCGACCAAGAUAAUCUACCGCCAACGCUGGUGUGGCUAGCAGGUGAGAAAAGGAAGAGUACUACGGUUGCGAGAUGGAAGGAGAGCAAACCAAAGGUUAGGAUGGGAGGGAUGCUGGGGUGGGCAGUGUACGGGGCGAGGGCUGGGGAGGCGCGGGGACAAGGAGCAGGAGAGGGGAAGGGCGAGGGUGUGAAGUCUGCGGGUGGUAAUGGUGGCGUGGCAAAGGUGCAAGAAAGUGUGCCAAAAGAGACACAGAAAGGUGCAGCAGAAGAGAAGAAAGAGAGUGCAGCACAAGAUACUGUGCAAGAAGCAGCUGUAGGAGAUGUGGUACCAUCGGUUAAUCAAGGUGGUGCUGAGAAAUGAAAGUAAGGAAGUGUAGAUCUCUUGGCAAAAGUACUGUUUUCCAAUUUUCCAAUUCGAAGUAUCUUACAUUAUGAGGCCAAGUCAGGUAAUCAAAGACCUGAAGGGAAAUAAGUGUUUCAUUUUGAAAUCUUGUCCUGCUCAUGCACAUGCUUGAUCUGAUGUUGCGCCUCCUUUUCAACCGCCUGUUUCCUCAGUGCGGCAAUCUUAUCAUCGAUCAUAGCAAUAUCCGCUUCAACCCUCAACAACUUCUCCUGCAUCAUCUUCUCGUAAUCCUCAUCGGUCAA